GAAAUGAAAACACUCAAGGAUAUGUUCAGAGAAGAAACUGAAAAGCUUAGAAAGGCUGAGAAGCGUAACGAAGAGUUGCAGUGUACAGUAGAUGAGCUACGCUCCUCAUUGGACGAUACUAACGAGCAGCUGAAUGUUAUCAAAGAGAAGAGGAACGCCGAAAAUGUGUUCUCGUUGGAGAUCGCUGAUUAUGAGAAAUCGCUCGAGAAGGUACAAAAAGAGUUGAAAAUGACCAAAGAUGACUGCGCAUCACUAAACGCCGAACUGGAAUUGGCACGAUCGGAAGCGAACACGAUUCGAGACGAGAAGCAAGCGAUUAGCCAGAAAUUCACUAAAAUGAAAUCGGCUGUUGUGAAGCUGAAAGCUGAAUUAGAUGAGAAGAAAGAUAUUAUUAAUGGCUUGGAAACGGACAAGCGAUCGAUGGAAGAAACUAUCAAAAAGUUGACCGACAACCGAACUGAUGAGAAAAUGGAAUUCAGCGCUGCGAUUGCGGCAGCCGAUGAGAAAACUCGACAACUGGAAGCCACUUGCGUAUCACUGAAUAAACAGCUCGUCUCGUUGAGAUCACAGCGAGAAUCUUUACAAAGACAAUACGAUGAUCUUGUUCAAGAGCAUACCACAUUCAAGACUCGAGCUCUGUACGUUUUGGAGCAAAAGAAGGGUAGUGACGAUGGAGAGCCAAGCAAUAAAGAUGAAAUUGAGCAACUUGAACAGACCAUUCAACAACAAACCAAGACUAUCGAAAAUCUUACGUGA